AUGGAGAAAUUUAAGGCUGCUAUGCUACUGGGAAGUGUGGGAGAUGCUCUUGGUUACAGAAAUGCCAGCAAGGAAAACAGUGCUUUAGGUACAAAGAUCCAGGAGGAAUUGAAACAAAUGGGAGGACUAGACCAGCUUGUGCUUUCACCCGAAAAAUGGCCAGUGAGUGACAACACCAUCAUGCACAUAACUACCGCUGAGGCGCUCACCACAGACUACUGGUGCCUAGAUGACCUGUACCGGGAGAUGGUGAAGCACUACGUGGAAAUAGUUGAGAAGCUUCCAGGGCAUCGGCCAGACCCAGCUACUAUUGAAGGCUGCUUGCAGUUGAAGCCAGAUAACUAUCUCCUCGCCUGGCACACACCUUUCAAUGAAAAGGGUUCAGGAUUUGGAGCUGCCACCAAAGCAAUGUGCGUCGGCAUGCGUUACUGGAAGCCUGAUCGGUUGGAAACCCUUAUUGAAGUUAGCAUUGAAUGUGGAAGAAUGACACAUAACCAUCCUACAGGAUUCCUCGGGUCACUGUGCACAGCCCUUUUUGUAUCGUACGCCGUGCAAGGAAAGCCACUUGUGCAGUGGGGGAGAGAGAUGAUGAAAGUGGUUCCACUGGCUGAAGAAUAUUGUAAGAAGACUAUUCGGCAUAUGGCAGAAUACCAGGAGCACUGGUUUUACUUUGAAGCUAAAUGGCAGUUUUAUUUGGAGGAGAGAAAAAUUGCUGAAGAAAAAGAAAAUAAAGCCACCUUUCCUGAUAAUUAUGAUGCCGAGGAGAGAGACAAGACUUAUAGGAAAUGGAGCUCAGAAGGUCGAGGGGGACGAAGAGGCCAUGAUGCACCCAUGAUUGCAUAUGAUGCUCUUUUAGGAGCCGGGGAUAAUUGGACAGAGCUCUGUAACCGAGCCAUGUUUCACGGAGGUGAGACUGCAGCCACUGGAACGAUUGCAGGUUGCCUGUUUGGAUUGCUUUAUGGCCUGAACAGUAUCCCCAAAGGCUUGUACCAGGACCUCGAACACAAGGAGAAACUAGAGAACUUGGGUGAAGCUCUUUACCGCCUGUCCACAGAAGAAAAGUAA